UUUAAUUUGCCCCCGAUAUUUAUUACUCAAUUGGAUUUGGUCCUAAUAUCUCAUCCCAGAGCGAGACGUCCUUCUGGGUAGUAGUGUGUGGCUGCGUGGAGGGGUUCAAUCGGAAAACCGGUUGGUGGUAUUUCCCUCGAAUCCUCACCGGCGAAUCUGACCUGAAGAGAGCCACCAUUCUUUUCCAAUCCAAGCUUCUUCCAAUUUCCAUUUUACACAAAUAUGUCAAUCCAAAAAGUUCUCAGAACCCUCAAAACUGUCAAAAGGACUCUCCCGGAAAAACCCCAUCGAGAAAUCCCUUACUCCAUCUCUAAAACCCUGGUUUCUUCUUCUUCCUCCUCCUCCUCCUCCUCCUCUUCUUCUUCUUCUUCUUCUUCUUCUUUAGGGAUUCUCUCUAAUCUCAGCCCAGCGAAGCUCCACCAAAUUCUAGCUAGCCCAGAGCACAAACCCUCUCAAUGCUUGCGUUUCUUCAACUUUAUUAUUGAAAACCAAUCCUUGAUCUCAUUCAAACCCGACCUUCAGGCUCAUUUGACUCUAAUUUUCCGGCUUUUAAUGGCAAGAAGGUUCUCGGAUGCAGAGAAUGUGUUGAAAUCUGUGUCAAUCGAUGAAUAUCCCAGGUACCCAUUUCCUUUUUUAGCUGCUACUGUUGAGAAUUGUUGCUGUUUUGAACCAAAAGUUGUGGCGAAGUUAUUCAAUUUGAUGAUUAAGGUUUAUUCUGAUAGCGCAAAAUUUGACCAAGUUUUGGAGACUUUUGAUCACAUGAAGAAAAAUGGAGUUAACAUUGAUGAAAGAACAUGUACUGUGCAUUUGUUUACUCUUAAGAGAAUUGAUGAGAUGAGGUUAGGCCUUGAAUUUCUCUAUAGAAUGAUUGAAUCUGGCAUUGAGAUUUCUGUGUAUUCAUUGACAGUAGUUGUUGGUGGAUUGUGUAAGAGUGGAGAGAUCAAGAAGUGUAGAGAAUUGGUGGAGGAUAUGUUGAGUAAAGGAAUUAAACCAAAUAUUGUAACAUAUAACAUAAUGAUUGAUGCUUGUGCCAAGAGAUGGAACUUUGAGGAGUUGAAUUCCAUACUGGCAUUAAUGGAAAAGGAAGGAGAGGCAUUUAAUGUCAACACAUAUAAAAUUUUGAUAGAUGGGUACUCAAGCUUUGGAAAAAUUGAAGAAGCUGAAAAAUUGUUAUUGGAGAUGCAUGAUAAAGACUUAAAAGCAGAUACCCACAUGUAUAAUUUGAUUAUAAAUGGGUAUUGUAAACAAGGUCUGGUGGAUAGAGCGGUUUCUGUGUUUGAUAAAAUGACCAAUAGAGAUAUUAACUUCAAUUUUGAUACAUUUUGGGCAUUAGUUAAUGGUAUUUGCAAGUCUGGGAAGAUGGAGAGUGCAAUGGUAUAUGUAAGCAAGAUGCAGAGCAAAGGAAUUGAGCUAGACGAGGCAUUAUUUAAUACAUUGGUUGAUGGAUUUUACAAUAAGGGAAUGAUAGAUGAAGCUUUGGCAUUGCAGAUUGAGAUGGAGAAGAAAGGUUUCGAUUUUGACAUAUCCAUAUGUAGCAAAAUACUACGUGGGCUAUGUAAGUCGAAACGGUUCGAGGAAGCAGAAGAGUUGGUUGACAUGAUGGUUAAAAGACAAUCCUCGACACACGAAUCUCCAUGUAGCAGCCCAAGAUAUUGAUGCACAAAUAGAAGUGAUUUAGGCUUGUCAAUGGAAAGGAGAAGUUUGCAAUGUCCUUGACCUUCUUUUAAAUUCUCAAAAUUUCUGUCUCUCCACCCCUGCAGCUUCAGGGCAGAUAACUUGUCGUUAUCUUGGCUGUGCAAGGAGAGUCAAAUGGGGUAACCUUUGGCUUAUUAGCUGAUUGGCUCGGCAUCAAGAAGCUGGAAAUGAUGAUCAGGAGGAAAGGUGAUUAAGUUCGGGGCAGCCUCAGCUUGAUAAUUUGAAAAGACUGGAAAAUAAGAGAAAAGAGUUUUCAGUUGAGGGCUCAACAUAUUUGCUAAAGGAAGCAAUACCAGUCUAUGAGAAAAUCGCUGGAAGCACUCCCUAUUAUAAGCAGAGUGAAAUUUCGUUCGAGGAAGGCAAAGGCGAGCUAAAAUACGUCGAUUUUCUUACUUUGAAUUCCUCUCUUUCUAUGAUUUUCCAAUUAAAUUUUACAUUUUACCAACGGAGUAAUGUCGGAGUAUUUCCAGUUUGAGAUUUCAGUUUAGCUAAUCUCAAAUUACUGGUUGCCUUGAUGAAUGCCUCCUAUUAAAUAUUAGAAGUCGAGAUGAAAUUUUGUUUUCCUAUGGUUUCAAAAUAUAAUAAAAUCAUUUAUUUUUUAAAAA